UAACUCUGUUACGUUUUUAGUACUUCAUCGGGAGCUGCCAAAGUCUAUCUAUAGUGGUUCCUCUGAGAGUUAAGUGUACCGAUAUUAUUGAAAAUGGCAUCUUCGGACACAGGCGGUGUGCAGCCGAUGCAAAUCGCUGGCCGGAUAGUCCGGGAGCGGGAGCGUCUCAUUGGUAUGACCGAUGAGGAACGCGCCUGGCGGAAGCAGUGGCUUAACGAUCAGAAGUUGUCCCAUAACGAACCGCGUCAUGUCCCCGAACUCGAAAAACAACUGACCAACCCAAUUAGGCGCUUUUAUAGAGCCCCGCUAGACAAGUUAUGUGAUAUCCUUUCACCGGCUUUGGGAUUCCGCAGAGCGUACGCUAUUCGUUUCUGGACUGGGAAGGCUGCUUUGGCGCUGGGUUUUCUAUACGCGACGACAUAUUACUUCAAAUACAAUAGGAACGACUGGACGCGCAAAGGUGGUUGGCGGGUGAUCUCCUCGCGCACUGCUACCCGACCUGGUGAUCCAGACUUCCCGCGUCUUUCAGAUCGCACUAAGCCCUCUGAUUACGCCGACAGGGGAUUUAAGAAAGCCACAAUUUAGUAUUUGCCUGUAAACUUGUAGAUUGUCAUAAUAAAGAUAUUGCCGUCAAAUGGUUCUCCACGGUC